UUUGAGAAGCCUGAGACUGACGCGUUAAAGGUCUGACCAGAAAAGAAAGCCUGGAGCCUAACACAGGUAAGUAUAUGUUUCUUUUAUCCAAUUUUAACUGAAAGUUGUUGUAUUAGAUACGUUUCUGUUUUUUUUUAGUGGAAAGAAGUUAAGGAACACUUUUUGUAAGGUAGUAAGGUCAGUUAUUGUGUAGAAGCUAAGGUAUAGUUUGUUGUUGUUGCGAAGCUUAGUGUUUUGUUUGUGUAAGUAAUUGUUUGUAGUGUGUAUUGUUUGUUGUAAACAUGGAAUUUGUUGAAAGAUAUGUAAACAAAUAUGCCUCAGCUGAUUACCAUUCAUGUGCAGAUGAGUCUGUGACACAUCAGUUUAAAAGUCUACUGACACAGUGUCAAAGGUACAACAAUAAAGUAAAAUGUAAUCAUCUUGCAAAAAUGGUAAAGAAAAUUAAAAUGGCUAAUGAAAUAUUAGCAUUAUUAAAGAUGAAAGUUAUUGCUGAGAAUAAGGCAGAACAGUGGAGAAAUGAAAAGGUCCAGUUUAGAGAAGACUUGGAAAAGUUUGGUGAGUCAAUUAUUGUAGCAGCUAGCACUUCAGAAGAGCAUAUUUCAGAAUUAGAAGAACUGAGGGAGAAGGUAGAACUGUUAGCCAAACAGAAUGAUUUGUUAGAAGAAAAGUUGAAGGAUUGUGAGGAGAGGUGCAGGCUCAGAGAACAAGAGGUGAUAUCUUUAGAAAGCAAGGCUGGAUAUGAACUAAAUGUCCCAGUAAGUGUCUGCCCUGUUACUGAGCAAGAGAUAAAAGAUGGAGAACAAGGUAUAAGACCACAAACAUUACCUAGUCCAACUCUCUUUAGCCCCCAAUCAGAAUGUGCCAGACAACGAAUCAAUAAUACAUAUGUGCCAACUGAUAAUAAUAUUCAUUCAAACUCAGCACUGAAAAUACAAGAGGUUAUAAGUUUGACCCAGAUAUUGGGAAAGUUUGACACUAAUUUAUCCCCUAUUAGCCUUUACAAUAAAUUAGAAGCCGUGGUGAAACAAUAUAACCUUGGAAAUAAAGAUGCAUGUGCCUUGCUUAGAGCAUGGCUCCCAUAUCAGUUGGCUGCAGAACUUAGGCCUCCGGUUGGUAAGCACAUUGGGACAUUGUCCAAUAUCAAUGAAAAUUGGGGAAGUACCACUGAAAGGUUAAGAGAGUUGCAAAGGAUUUUGGGUGGGCGUGAUAUAAGAGGUACAAAUGCAUUGGAGAAUGCAAGGUAUAGGAAAGGAGAUGAUCCAAUGUUAUUUUGCACUGAUUAUCUCUCCCUAUAUAAAGUUGUAUUCAACUGCCCUGAUAUGUUGCCAGAUGAGCCCAAUUUCCUCUACUCAAUGGCAAAUAAAUGUAAUGUUGAUUACAACACAAGAACUGCCCUUAGGUAUGCCACCUCAUACAACAACUUUAUAAAUACACUUAGGGAUUGGUCUCAGGAGUCUUUUGAAUUCCAGAGACAUAUUUCUGUUGCUUAUAAAAAAAAACAAAGCAGGAGAUUUCCACGGAAAUGUUACAGUUGUGGUAAGUAUGGUCAUAUUGCUCGAUUUUGCAGAACUUCUGCCAAUCAGCAUGAUACUUACCCAAUCCAUUCAAUACAGAGACAAGAGGGGGAUGCACAGGAAAAUCUAAAUGAUUAUCUCCUAGACCAUAGCCCUCCCUCAGAGACUGAAACUGUUGUCUCCUCUGAUAACAUAGACACAGGUUCCAAUAGUGCAGGAGAUCAAAAAGAGAGCCAAAAUGAGCCCAAAAGGGAAUUUCACACACCUCCCUGUAAAACAGGAAAAGAAGGGACAACUGCCCCACCCUUUAUUCCUUGGGUGAACAUUCCACUGUGGCUUUACAGCAGUUGGUCUCACAUUGCUAUGCUAAUGCUAAUGGACAAUAUAGCACAGUUUGCCCAGGGUGUACCAAACACAAAUAUGCCUGUUUUCUAAUGACAAGGAAUGUGAUGGAAUUAAAACUAGAUAUGGCCAUGACCACUGUAUAAUGGAUAUGUACUAUGUUAUUUGUAAUGUUAUGUAUAUUAAUUAUAUGUAUGUUUCUUUUUCAGAGUACUAGUGGAAGAACGAUUGUCCAUUUACCCUGUAAAAUGAAGAAGAUACUGUGAUUUUAAAAUUGAUUUUUGUUUCAACAGGUUGUAGAUUUGUUUUAAGGAGCACAGCACCUGAUGACUUUGUGUCUUACACUAAAUAACCCUGAUUAACUGGAUAACUGUAUUGUUUUUAAAACCACGUGGUACAAUCAAUGAGCUCAAUAGUAAAAUAAUUGUUUGCAAACAAUUUAAAAAACAAUAUUUAAACUCAAUAACAUCUCUUCACAAUACUGGUGUCCUUGGUAUAUUAUUAACUUUAUUGUCCACAGGUAUUUGUUUUUGUUCAUGUAUUUGUGUUGUUAAAUGUAAAUGUGUUUAUCUUUGUUUUACAUGUCUCUGUUUAGUGUUUUGUGUUAGUUUGUAUACAGUAUUAGUAUCUUCAUUGUUUUAAUCAAAACACUGCUAAAAAUAGCAGACCGUGUAAUUUUGAAUUUUUUUUUUUUGCUCUCUACUUGCAUAAUGGUACCUAUGUUUUUCGGUACCAAAUGGGGGGUGAUCAUAGUUUUUCUUUCCUAAAGCCCACCAAAAGAUACAUGAAAAUGUUUUUACAAUUUCUAUUGUUAUUUUUGUUUUUUUUGCAGCUCUCAUUUUAUGUUAUUUUUUUUAAACAGAAUGUAUUGAACAGAUAAUAAUGCUACGCAUAUGGUCCUGCUCUUGCUCUUUUAUUUCGAGGAUCCAUGAAACUACAUAGAAAAAAUUUGGGCCCUGGAUCAACAGAGUUUGGUUAUAUUUUGAAAGGCAAAUGUGUUUAGAACUUUUGAAUUUUAUUAAAACAGGUUUCAGAACAACAUUACUCACACAUUGUUUAGGUUAAAUGGAAAACAUAGGGCACAACUUUCAUCAUAGAAUAAGUAUGUUUAUGUGUAUAUAUAUAUAUAUAUAUAUAUAUCACUAUAAGUAUGUUAUUAAUAUUUGUUUUUAGUUAAUGAUGUGGUUCGUUGUUUUUACAUAGAAGUGAAUUUAAAUAUAAAGUUAGAAGGCAUUAUGUGGAUAAAAAUAACAUUAAUAUAAGAAUAUGCAGACUAGCGAACAAAUGUCUGUAGUAUAUAAAGUUUAAUUUGAUGUUAUGCUACAUGAAAUGCAUGUGUAUAUGUCAUGUGCAAUGUUUGGUGGUAUUGAAAACCGAUGUUAUUGCCAUAUCUUAUCAUGUGUGAAUGUGAGUGAAUGGUGUAUUGUUGUAUGUCCCCUGCCCAUUGGCAUAAUACACCGAGAGAGCCACAGGUCCGAAGAGGAUUUGCCACAACUUGCGAAGAGGAUUUGCCACGACAGUAAUUAUGUUUGUUUUCAUAGAAUAUCCAAAAGUAUGUUUGUCAUUCUGACACACAAAAAAAAAAAGUGGGGAAUGUAGUACUGAAUUUUGGAUAUUCAACAAUAAGCCCAUACACGCAAUGGGUUAACAGAUAUUUGCCUUUCCAUCAAUGGCAACUGUGAAGGUGCAAGCCUGGACAACAGUCAUCCUGCCAUAAAACAAUCCUUGUAGCUACAGUAAUGUCCAUAUCAAAGAGAUGCAAAUAACUGGACAUACUGGUGUGGGUGCAGGGAUAGCAAGAGUUCCCAAGGGAAUGACACUCUGCUGGAUCAACAAAGGGACACCUGGAGCAUUGGGUUAUGGGAUUUCUUUCACAGUGCAUCCUAACUUGAUUUCAGUCCCUUGUCUAUCUAAGAAGAGAUGAACCAUCUUCAAGAAAAGCUAACAUCGACCUGAUUGGCUGGGACUGUCUUUUGGGUGUGGCUGUUUUGGGAACAGGGUAGUAUGUUUGUUUGAAUGGUCUUCCUUAUGUGUAUAUAAAGAGCAUUGUAAAUACUUUAUUAGUUAGUCACUUUCCACUCCCUUCCAUUGCAUCCUUCCCUAUCCCUUUCUACCUCCCUCCAUGUUAGUUAGUUCCCUUUAUAUGUAAUACCUUUUAGUUCCUUUGUAAAUAAAUACCACUUAUUUAAAGAUC